GGCAGUUUAACACUGUGACAGUUUAUAAAAAGAACAAAGUUAUGUCUGAAAAUGAAACUCAAUGUACACUGUUCAAUAAGGAUAUCUAUAAAUGUAAUGUGAUAAUUGCAUUGAAACGAACAACUGGAAGUUUAUCUCUUGUUGGGUGCUGUUUCAUGAUUGGAACAAUAUGGCUGUUCCGAAAAUACACCAUUCUCUCACAACGAUUAAUACUUUACCUAAGCAUAGCUGCACUGUUCGACGCCAUUGGAUAUAUUAUUGGUGAUAUGACACCUGAUGGUACGACAUGUGACUUUGAGGCUUGGUGGAUGACAUAUUUUGAUUGGACAGUUCUAAUGUGGGUAUCUUGCAUUACAUUUAAUUUGUACAUGAAUGUUGUAAAACAACGGCGAACAGAAAAAUAUGAAAAAUUUUACCAUUUGCUUUCUUGGGUGUGUCCACCAUUGCUAUUUAGUCUUCUACCUUUGAUUGGGGAUAACUAUGGACCAGCUGGGGCAUGGUGCUGGAUUAAACAUACAAGUACCGUGUGGAGAUUUUUAAUAUGGUAUGUCCCGUUGUUCCUGCUAAUCCUCGCCAUGUUUGGUGGAUACUCCUACAUCAUCUACUUCCUCAAGAAGAGAAUCUCCUCCUGGCAAGGAACUUAUGAUCCGGAUGAAGAGAGGACUGUCCAGCUCAUCAAAGAGGAUAUUAAAGUCCUUAAAGCUUAUCCUUUCAUCUUCCUCAUCCUGUCCAUCUUCCCUUUUAUCCUCAGGAUACAUAAUGCGUUCACCGCUGAAGGAACCGACAUAUUUGGUUUAUGGGUAAUGACUGCACUCACUGCUCCAUUACAAGGUGCUGUAAAUGCUGUUGUGUUUGGUCUUGACCCAGAAACUCGUACUAAGCUAACAUGGGCCCAAAUACAGCUGGCAUGGGCAAGUAGAUUCAGUCACUCUGCUGUACAUGAAUAUCCAACAGUGUUUAACAAUCCAUUGGACAGUCCUACAUCAGGAGAAAGUGUAAUAAAUCCUGUGAACACUGAAGCAGUGAGAAGGUCCAGCUCGUUUGAUCAAAAACAAAGAUAUGGCUCAUUAAACUUGGAAGAAAAUUAAAAACACCAAAUUUCUAAGCUAGUAUUGUAUUGACUACACAUAUGAUAUACAUUGUAUGUAUUUAUAUAUGGCCUAAAUAGGGUAAAUCAAAUUAUGAAAUGUUUUUCAUAAUAUGAUAUGUUUUUUAUAUUAAGUUUUGUUCCGUAUCAUAUGAUGUAUGAACACAUUAUGUAUUAUUGCUAGUAUCAGUUUUAUAUUAUAAGCUUGAAUGGUGAUUUAAAAUGUUGACAAUAUGUUUUAUUUUUAUUUUUCCAUAGAUUUAAAAUAAAACAAGAAAAUUGUAAUUUUCGUUAAUUUUUUCAUUUUAGGUAGUGUUUAAUCUGCAAUUGUAAUGCAUUGGCCAUGUCUUUACCCAGUAGUCAAAAUCUUCUAACAAUCGUUUUAUACACAACAAUUAUUAGUUAUCUUUAUCUAUAUUCCAAAUAAAACAUUAUAAUAGGCCAACUCUGGCCUUAAUCCCAGGUCCCACGAUGUGCCUUGCAGUAGGACCUCACCCAUACUAGAAUAGUAUAUAUAUAUAAUAAUAUAUAUCAUUCAACAGUGCUGUUCUGUUCAUUUUUUGUAAAUUUUAAAUUAUUUAAUAAAAAUAAAGACCAUUUCCUGCCACUUGGUGUAGCUUUAAUUACAUCGCAAUUCGCAAUUAAUUAAUUUAUUUGAAAACGAAAUUUUAUAUUUUUCAAUUUAAUUUGUUUAAAAACGAAAUUUUAUAUUUUCCAAUUUAUGCUAUCUUGCGGAAAAACCCAAUUUACACUAAAUGCAAAUAACUUUUUUUAUAUUAUUUUUUGAAUGACUAUCAGUUCCACUUUAUUUGAUAGUAGCAGUCUCAAUAAUAAACAAUAAUUCACUCAGGAUAUUUGUGUGAUUUUAUUGGUUGAGGUACUUUUUUAUUCACAUACCGUAUAUUUUUACAAUGCUGUCAUGUUCUAAAUUAUUUGAAAUGAUUGUGGAAUAAAAAAACUGG